GAACUCGGAGGAUUCCUCCAGCUUCUUGGCGAAGGGGAGGAAAGGAAAGGGCGGGACCAAAGCCUCUGGUGGACGAGACGCAGCCAGGCCAGCGGCGGCGGCGGCGGCGGCGGCGCGUCUCCCGGUAACAAGCCUUGGCCCCGCCCCCUUGCGUGUGAAAGGAAGGCCGCAGCUCAUCUUUUCAGGAUUGAUGCAUGUUUCUUCUCUUACUUUACUCUGGCUGAGAAUUUGGAUAAGCAUGGCGCAACUCCAACAGGGAGGUCCUGAUGAAAAAGAGAAGACUACAGCAUUAAAGGAUUUGUUGUCUAGAAUAGACUUGGAUGAACUGAUGAAAAAAGAUGAACCACCACUUGAGUUUCCUGAUACUCUUGAAGGAUUUGAGUAUGCUUUUAAUGAAAAGGGGCAGUUAAGGCAUAUAAAAACUGGAGAGCCAUUUGUGUUUAACUACCGUGAAGAUUUGCAUAGAUGGAACCAAAAACGCUAUGAAGCUCUUGGAGAGAUCAUCACUAAAUAUGUAUAUGAACUACUAGAAGAAGAAUGCCAUUUGAAAAAAGUGCUUAUUCCGGUAGAUGCAGUGGAGAGUGAACCAAAGAGUUUUAUCUUUAUGAGUGAAGAUGCAAUGACAAAUCCUGACAAACUGAUGGUUUUAAUUCAUGGUAGUGGUGUUGUUAGAGCUGGACAGUGGGCAAGAAGGCUUAUUAUAAAUGAAGAUCUGGACAGUGGCACUCAGAUUCCAUAUAUUAAAAGAGCUAUAGAGGAAGGCUACGGAGUAAUAGUACUGAAUCCGAAUGAGAACUAUAUUGAGGUUGAAAAGACAAAAGCUCAAGUACAGCUGUCUCCCGAUAGCUCAGAUGAACCUGCAGAAAAGAGAGAGAGAAAAGAUAAAAUCCAAAGAGAUACAAAGAAGCGACGAGACUUUUAUGAAAAGUACCGGAAUCCACAAAAGGAGAAGGAAACGACGCAGUUGUACAUUAGAGAAAAUGGAUCCCCUGAAGAACAUGCAAUUUACGUAUGGGACCACUUUAUCUCCCAGUCAGCAGCAGAAAAUGUAUUUUUUGUUGCUCACAGUUAUGGUGGACUUGCAUUCGUUGAACUGAUGAUUCAACGUGAGACAGAGGUGAAAAAUAAAGUUACUGCAGUAGCAUUGACAGACUCGGUUCACAAUGUGUGGCAUCAAGAAGCUGGCAAAACUAUUCGAGAAUGGAUGCGAGAAAACUGUUGUAAUUGGGUGUCAAGUUCAGAACCUUUGGAUACUUCAGUAGAAUCCAUGUUACCAGACUGCCCACGAGUCUCUGCAGGCACAGAGCGGCACGAGCUCACCUCCUGGAAGAGCCACGCGUCCAUCUACCGCUUCUUCCGCGAAGCCCUGGAAGCCAAGACCAGCGGCGGCACCGGCAGCAGCAACAACAACAGCAAUAGCGGCAGCAGCAACAACAACAACAACAGCGGUGGCAACGACUCCUUAGGCAAAGCGGAGCCUCCAAGGCGCUCGCAGCGCAUCCGCUACGAAGACCUGUGAAGGGAGCCAGAAUGAAUAGGAAACAAAAGAGGGGGGGGGGCAUGUUGUUGGGGCGCCUGCGCAGUAGCAGCAGCAGCGCUCCAUUCCAUUCCCCCCUCCCUUCCUCUCCUCCCUCCCCUUCUGUCCUCUCCUCCUCAUUAGAUUGUUUUCUUCCUAGAGCACCGGGUCGCCGCGUUAUACCUCUGC